UGAAUUAUGAAAUAUCGCAACCCGAUCACCUUAGAAAAUCUUAUUACAAUUCGAUAAUCUUUUAAUAAUAAUAAUUGAUAUACGUGGAAAUAGUAAUUAUAGUACAUAGAGAUACAUUUUUAAAAGACGUAAAUAUUAACUUAAACAGCUAUGUUGUCAACACGUUAUAGGUCAUGCCUCGUCAACGGUGGUUUUUAAGAAGAAAUAUAAUAAUGCCUGUUGCUGAGGGAGGCGAUCAGUACUCUGUUUGGGUGGGAUUAAUUUACAUAUUUAACUUAAUAGUUGGUACUGGGGCUCUGACUCUUCCAGCUGCAUUUGCCAGAGCAGGAUGGGGCCUAAGCACAAUAUCUCUUGUAUUCCUGGCAUUUAUGAGUUUUAUGAAUGCAACAUAUGUCAUAGAAACUAUGGCUUGUGCCAAUGCUGUAUUUAAAUGGAAAAGAUUGCAAUUUUUAAAGAGGAAUAGUAUGCAAGAUGAAGAAAACUCAGAAGAAGAACAAAGUAGCUCAAAUGCUCCUGGGUAUGGAGAACUUGAAGAUCCCUUAGUUUGUGGAGACUCUGUACCUUCACGUUAUUACAGUCUUGAUAAGAGAAUUGAGCUAGGGGAAAUGGCUAAUCUCUUCUUAAGUAAAACUGGACGGACAAUGUUCUAUUGCACACUAUGUGUUUAUCUGUAUGGGGAUUUGUCAAUAUAUUCUGCUGCUGUUUCCAAGUCUUUGAUGGAUGUUGUGUGUUCAACAGUUCCAUCGAAUAUGACAAAUAUAACAGACUGGGACGAUAUGCCCUGCUUUCAUGCCUCUGAAGGGACAUUCACACGUAUUGAUUGUUACCGAAUGGCUCUAUUGACAUUCUUCGCAGCAAUGGGACCUUUUGUCUUCUUUAAUGUUCAGAAGACAAAAUACCUACAGCUGUUUACUUCUGGCAUGCGGUGGCUUGCAUUCGUCAUAAUGAUAUCAAUGGCGAUACAUCUUCUAAUCAAACACGGACCUCAAGGGAAGCCGCCAGCUUUCGAUUUCACGGGCAUGCCCACUUUGUUCGGGGCCUGCGUCUAUUCAUUCAUGUGCCAUCAUUCCCUCCCUGGCCUAAUCAGCCCUAUACGCGGCAAAAGCCACCUUGGGCUCCACCUCUCGCUCGAUUACAUGCUCAUAAGCAUCUUCUAUCUCCUUCUGGCGUUCACGGGCGCGUUCGCGUUCGCAAACCUCAACGAUCUUUAUACAUUAAACUUCGUGCCCACAGAUAAUGAUAAUAUUUUUCUAGAAAUUGUCGAAUACUUUCUCGCUCUAUUUCCUGUGUUCACUCUCUCUACAAGUUUUCCGAUUAUUGCUAUUACAUUGAGGAAUAAUUUACAAAGUUUGUUUUUGGAUACGAGUCGCUUGGAGUCGUAUAACUUUGUUUUACGGAAGUUGAUAUUUCCAAUUGUAGCUGUCGUUCCUCCGCUAUUACUGACGUAUUUCUUGGAGGAUAUAAGCGUUCUUAUUAAGUUUACAGGGUCCUAUGCCGGUACGGGGAUACAGUAUUUAAUACCUACGUUUCUUGUGCUCUCUGCUAGACGACAUUGCGCUAAUUUGUUAGGUUUAGGAGUGGUUAAUAGAUACAAAAGUCCAUUUUCAAAUGUAUCGUGGGCUGUGUUUGUGCUACUUUGGUCAUUUAUAUGUAUAAUACUUGUAUCUGUAAAUAUGAUUGAAAAACAUUUACAUCGUUAAAUAAAAUGUUUAAACCUAUUUUAAACCUUAAUAGGUUAAAAAGACGUACUCACAUUUUACCAUUAAAAUGUUUUAUAGUAAAUAAAUAAUAAUACAUUUAAUGCCGGUAAGGAAUGAUUACCCCUGAAGGGUAGUAAAAAUACAGCUUUCGAUUCUCGAACGGAAUAUUUUUUUUACUCAAUGUCUAAAGUAACUGUUAAUUUAAAUUUACGACUCUGAGUGACUGAAAACACACUAUAACUGAUUUUGGCUGACUAUGUUAAAAAUCGUGUUAGAAACGGAGAAGAUGAGACGUUACCAAUGAUUGCCUAUUAAUCCUUAUUCCUCGUAACCAAAGUGAUUUAAUUAAUAUUUAUAUUAUAUAAAUAUUAUUAUUUAAAAAAAAAAAACAAAUAAUUUCGUACAAAAAUGUGUUCAUCAUUGAUUUAUGCAUGUCUAAUGCACAAUAUAUUUUAACAUUAUUUUGUUAUUAACUAACUUUGCCCACUCGAAGUUCGCGUGGAAUCAAUCGUAGGUAUAUCGUAGAUGAACGAAGAAGGGAUCUUUUUUCCUGUAGAUAUUGUUAUAAGAGCAGUGGCUAUAGCGUGCGAAAACUCUGAGGUCGGCUUUGCACCAACGGAUUCUCCCAUGUAAUUAACAAUUACUCGUAAAUUCAAUCAUCGUGAGGAAGCACAUCUUCAGAGUCACCUUAUCUUUAAAAGAAAAUGUCCAAAGAAACCUUCAAUUCGGAGCCAAGAACCAUUGUUGUAGCGGCACUAAAUUAUUAAGUUAUUAAUAUAUUUAUAUCGAUGGACAUUAAUUGUUUAAAAUAUCAAAGUGGCGGAAACUACUUUACUAAGAGAUGGAUAUCAGAGUAAGAUUCAGAAGCGAGAUUUAGUGUGUCCUGUACGAUAAGAGAAUUAGAUUUUUCUAAUCUCGUUUGUGAAUCUUCCUUUAAAUUCAAAACAGUACAAUGAUUUAAAAAUAAAAUUAGAAUUGCGUAUUUAUGACCGUUUAUUCGCGAUGUGCUUGUAAAUUUUUAUGCCAAUAAAUUAAAACAUAAUAAAAUUGUUUAAUGCUAAUUUUAUAAUCGCUGUAAAAUAGUCUAAAUAUGUGAGAUUAAUUGUGUACUGAUUCCUAGUUCUAAUAAUGUUAUGGCUUUUAUAUUUUUUACUAGAACAAAUAAGGAAUUGUGUUAGAAAUGUUAUUGGUACAAUAAUAAUUUUCUGUGAUAGCGUAACGUUUUGUAUAUGUAUCUAUGUAAUUGCUAAAGUGACUGAUUGAUGUAUUUAUUUUAUUCAGAGUAUUUUUACAAUAAAUUUAUUUUGUGUGUUUGAAA